GAGAGAGAGUGAGGCGGCAGCCAGAACUGAACCCAACAACUCCCUCCCUCCCGGUUCCCUCCCGGUCGUCGCCGUCGCCGUCGCCGUCUCCCCUCCUCUCCUCCUCGCUCUCGUCUUGGAGGCGAAGAAAGAAGAACCCGGCCACCCAUAAAUACUCCUCCCCCGCGCCUCCUCCCCCAAUCGAUCGCCCCCCCUCCGAUCAUUAAACCCCAGGAACCUACCACCAUCCAUCGCCCCAUCGCGAGGGUGUGGGGAUGCACCUCUACAACGCGUGGCUGCCGCCGGCGGUGGCGGGCGGGGCUGGCCGGGAGCCGGCGGCGUUCGCGGGGGCGGUGAGGGAGGCGCGGGGGUCGUGGCGCCCCGACGACCCGGACUCCGCCUACGCCACGCUCAAGUGGAUCUCCGUCUUCGACCUUUUUAUCAAAGCAAAGAGUGAUAUUGAUCCUGAGGAUGUACACGCUCUUGUAGAGCUUGGGUUGGAGAUAUUUCAUGCAUCACAGAACAAGUUCGUUAUUCAGAUUAAGUGGGGAGGGCUGCUCAUCAGGCUUUUGAAAAAGCAUGCCAAGAGGAUUUCUCUUGGCGUGCAAUGGAGGCCACUGUAUGAUACAUUGAUGAGGACUCAUUUCAAGAGAAACAUGGGACCUGAGGGCUGGAAAGUAAGGCAGCAGCACUUCGAGACUGUUACCUCGUUGGUACGUGCAUCUAGGAGUUUGUUUCCUGAAGGUGCAGCUGCUGAGAUUUGGUCAGAAUUCAGGCUAUUGCUGGAAAAUCCAUGGCAUAACUCAGCAUUUGAAGGCAUUGGAUUUCUUAGGCUGUUUCUUCCUGCAAACUCAAGGAAUCAGGAUCAUUACACGACUGAUUGGAUUGCUGAAUGUCUUGAUAUAUGGGGUUCUGUCACAAAUUGUAACUUCUGGGAUAUUCAAUGGGCUUCCAUCAUAGCACGCUGUAUAAAAGGUUCCAUAUCUGUUGACUGGGAAAAGUUUCUACCCUUAUUGUUUACAAGGUACUUGAAUAUGUUUGAGGUUCCUAUAUCAAGUGGGAGUGGGUCAUACCCCUUUCCGUUGGACGUGCCUAGGAAUACAAGAUUUUUAUUUUCCAGUAAGACUAGAACUCCUUCCAAGGCAAUUGCAAAGUCCGUUGUAUACCUUUUGAAGCCUAAAAGUUUGGCAUUGGAGCAUUUUGAGAAGCUCGUAAAUUUUCUAGAACAGUUCUAUCAUCCAUCAAAUGGGGGUCGGUGGACCUACCCAUUGGAGCGUUUCCUACGAUAUCUUGUUAUUUACUUUGAAAGGCGCCUUCAACAUGAACAAUUUGAAGCAAUGGAUGACAAACACAAUUGUUUGGGCAAAGAAGAAAGAUGUGCUUUUGUCAAAGUAGUCCUGAAAUUACUGGAUCGUGGUCAGUACAGCAAAGAUGAUUCUCUUGCUGAAACGGUGUCUAUUGCAACCUCAAUCCUAUCUUAUGUUGAACCAUCUCUUGUGCUUCCAUUUGUUGCGACAAAUUUUCAGCUAGCCUUAGAGACAACUACAGCUACCCAUCAGUUAAAGAAUGCUGUCACAUCUGUUGCAUUUUCUGGACGUGCACUUCUUCUAAGUUCUCUAUGUUCGUCUCAAUCUGAUGAUAGUACCACUGCUGAUACAUUCAAUGACCUCAUUGUUACUUCUCUUUCAAAUGCUUUACUUGGCAUGGAUGCUAAUGAUCCUCCUAAAACUAUAGCUACUAUGCAGCUAAUUGGUUCCAUAUUUUCAAAUCUAGCCACAGUUGGUUUCAGUGAUGACGUGCCUGCCUUCCUCCAAACAACCUCUCUGUCAGAUUGGCUAGAUGAGUUCUUUUGUCGGCUGUUUUCUGUCCUUCAAAAUUUGGAAUCAAGUAGUCCCAUUAAUGAGGGUUACCAAAGCUCAAUCAUGUCAGGAACUUUUCUCGUUGAGGACAGCCCAUACUAUUUUUGCAUGCUAGAAAUUCUUCUGGGAAAGUUAUCAACACCUUUAUUUAAUCAGUCCCUGAAGAAAAUUGCCAAGUUCGUUAAUGAAAAUAUCCUUCCUGGUGCUACUUCAGAGGUUGGACUUCUUUGUUCUGCCUGUGUUCAUUCAUAUCCUGAGGAGGCUUCACUCUACCUUGUAAAACCUAUCUUGAUGACUAUCAUGUCCUCCUUUGAGGGUACACCAACAACUGGCUAUGUUGGAAGAGAAGUUCCUAGCAAAAUAGCUACUAAGGCCAUGCUUUCUCCUGCUCUGGAAACAGCAUUAGACUACUACCUGCGGGUUUUGGCUAUAUCCAUGAGUUAUGCUGGCCCUGCUUUACUCAACUAUAGACAAGAAUUAAAAAGUAUAAUAAUAUCAUCAUUCCAGGCCCCUUCGUGGAAGGUAAAUGGAGCUGGUGAUCACCUCCUUCGCUCUCUGCUAGGAAGCCUUGUCUCAUAUUAUCCAAUAGAUCAGUACAAGCCCUUUUCUUGUCAGCCCAUUGCUAAUAUUAUUGAACCAUGGGGCUGUUCGAAAGCUCAUCAGGACAGGGAAGUUGAAAUGUUAAAUUUUACUCCAAAGUGGCAUGAUCCCAGUCAAGAAGAACUAUCUUUUGCAAAUGAAUUGUUAGAAUUUCAUUUCCAAUCAGCAUUGGAAGAUCUUUUGACUAUCUGUCAAACAAAAUAUCAUUCUGAAGCAGGAGAAGAGAAGGAGCACCUAAAAGUAACCCUAUUACGCAUUCAUUCUGCAUUGCAGGGUGUAAUGUCUUGCUUACCUGAAAUGCGACCAUCAUAUAAAGAUGGGAGAUCCAAGGUUGUGGAGCCCAUAUUUUUCAUUGCAGGAUCUACUGGUAGCACUGUUGGCAACUCAGAAAUGCGUGAAAAGGCUGCUGAACUCAUACAUGAAGCUUGCAGGUACUUGUUGAAAGAAAGAACUGAUGAUAGUAUACUCCUAGCACUUGUUGUACGCAUAAUUGAUGCUUUAGUAAACUAUGGUAGCCUGGAAUAUGACGAAUGGUCGAGCCAUCUUCAAGCUUGGAAGUUAGAAUCUGCUUCCAUAAUUGAGCCUCCAUGCAACUUUAUUAUUCCAUUUCAUUCUCAAGGCAAAAAGAGGCCUAGAUGGGCUCUUGUUGAUAAAACACACUUGCAUAAUACGUGGAGAUGUUCACAAUCAUCAUACCAUAGAUACCGUACAAAUGCUGAUGUAUCUCCAUCUAGCCUCAUGGUUAAUUUGAUGAAUGAUCUCCUAGAUCUCUCACUACACAACUAUGAAACUGUUCGCUCGUAUGCUGGAAGAUCCCUAACAAAAUUGCUGAAGCGUUGGCCUUCUCUAAUUUCUAACUGUGUCCUCACAUUGACUGCUAAAUUGCGAGAUUCAAAAGCCUCUGAACAUAUGGUGCUUGGUUCUUGCAAUAUUCUUGGAUCUCAGACUGUUUUAAGACAUUUGACAACUGACUCAGGUUCGCUCUCUUCAUUUAUCAUGGGCAUCUUGGAGAGCUCUCAUCAUGAAUCGCUGAAGUGUCAGAAAGCUAUUACUGAGCUCUUUGUGAAGUAUAACAUACGUUUCUCUGGGAUAUCAAGAAGUUUUUUCAAGAAUACAGAACAUGAAACAGACAAGCCAGGAUUUCUCAGUUUAGUUUCUCAUAUAAAUGCGCUGGGCUUUGAGAGUAAUAGUCUGCAUUGGCGAUACAAUUUGAUGGCCAACAGAGUUCUUCUGUUGCUAAUUCUGGCAUCAAGAAGUGAAUCUGAUGUAUAUUCACAAUUCUUGGCAAAAACAGCUGGUCAUUUCUUAAGGAACUUGAAGAGUCAACUCCCUCACUCGAGGAUGCUUGCAAUUUCUGCCCUGAAUACACUAUUACAAGGAUCACCUGAUAAAGCAUCAAUGCAAGAUUCACAACAAUCAUUAAAUCACCCUGAAGAAGGAAGCACUUUGUCCACAGGAGAAAUUUUGAAUAAUAUAAUUCAGGAGGAUGGAUUUAUGAGUGAAACACUAAACAGUCUAUCUCAUGUCCAUAUUAUUUCUGACAAUGACAGUUCAUCGAGAGCAAGCUAUGGUGCUUCAUCUUUUCAAAGCGGUUCUGAUAAAGCAAUUACAUACUUCUAUUUUGAUUUCUCUGCGUCGUGGCCACGCACACCAAGUUGGAUUUCUUUAGUGGGUGGUGGCACAUUUUAUUCCAGCUUUGCUAGGAUAUUUAAAAGGCUAAUACAGCAAUGUGGAAUGCCUGUAAUAUCAUCACUUCAGAAUGCAUUGGAAGAGUUUCUCAGUUCAAAAGAAAGAUCAAGGCAAUGUGUGGCAGCUGAAGCAAUGGCAGGAAUGCUUCACUCUGAUGUGAGUGGGAAUUUGGAGUCUGGGAACAACUGGUUGAUACUUCAGUUGCAGAAAAUUAUGCUUUCACCAUCUGUGGAAUCAGUUCCAGAGUGGGCAGCUUGCAUUCGAUAUGCUGUUACUGGGAAAGAAAAAUCUGGAAGUCGUGCUCCUGUUCUCAGACAUAAGUUAUUAGAUUGCUUAUGCACUCCAGUUCCUCAAUCCGUGGCAACCAGUGUACUUGCCAAGAGAUACUCUUUUCUGUCUGUUGCUUUAAUUGAAAUUUCUGCACCAAAAAUGUCUCCAGCAGAGGACCAGUACCAUGUUAAAAUUCUCGAUGAACUGCUUGCCAACAUGAGCCAUCCGUCUGCCCAGGUAAGAGAAGCAAUUGGUGUGACCAUGUGUAUUGCAUGCUCAAAUAUGCGAUUAUCUAGGUUAUUUGGACACGGAAAUUCUCCAGAUGUUUCUGGGGAUGUAAGCAUGGUUGAACAAACAGGGAAUGAAAACUGGUCAAAACGGUUAACAGAUGGAGCUACUGAAUUAUCUGUCAGUAUACAAAACAAUAUUUCUAAGCAACUGGAGACAACACCAGAUUCAGCUACUGAAAAUGGCUUGGACAAGAAAGAGGAGGCUGAUGCUAAAAGAAUGGAAACGAUUUUUCACUUCAUAAUUGCAUCGUUAAAGUCGGGGAGAUCAUCUGUUCUACUGGAUGUUAUUAUUGGACUUAUCUACCCUGUUCUCUCAUUGCAGGAAACAUCAAAUAAAGAUUUGUCAUUGCUUGCGAAGUCAGCUUUUGAGUUGCUGAAGUGGCGAAUUUUAAGGCGGCCUUUUCUCGAAACUGCUAUCAUGACUAUUCUUUCUUCAGCCAAUGAUCCAAAUUGGCGCACCAGAUCUGCAUUGUUGUCAUAUCUCAGGACAUUUACAUACAGGCAUACAUUCAUUCUUUCAGGCUCAGAGAAAUCACAUAUUUGGCAAACAAUUGAGAAGUUACUUGUGGAUAGUCAAGUUGAGGUUAGGGAACAUGCCGCUGGUGUCCUUGCAAGCUUAAUGAAGGGCAUAGAUAAAGAUCUCUCUAAGGACUUCCGUGAUCGAUCAUAUGCACAAGCUCAGCGUAUCCUUCGUGCACGGCAAAGAGGUGCAAAGUCAGGCCACUCUGUUGCAACUAUCCAUGGUGCGGUUCUUGCUUUGACGGCUUCAGUGCUCUCUGUUCCAUACGACAUGCCAAGCUGGCUUCCUAGUCAUGUAACUCUACUGGCCCGCUUUAUUCGUGAGCCCUCUCCCGUGAAAUCAACGGUCACAAAAGCCGUCGCCGAAUUCAAGCGGACGCACGCUGACACAUGGAGCAUCCAGAAGGAGGCCUUCACGGAAGACGAAUUGGAGGUCCUCCGCGAUACAUCGUCUUCAUCUUCAUACUUUGCUUAGAUACAAAGACCACAAGAUUAUCCAGUAACUUGAUACGUAUAGAAUUUUGUAUGGCUGUUGAAAUGCCUCCAUAUACGUGAUGGAUCAUAUAUAUAGUUACAACUUGUAGCUCGGUUUUACUUCCACCAUGAAGAUUAUUCUUCGUACAAAAUCAGGCAAAUGCUAUACGUGAAAUACAAUAUUGUUGAGAUAUGGAAUAAACAACUGCUUGCAAUGCUUAAUUCCGUUUUUA